UUGCGGGUCUGCAAGAGCCACUCAAUAACGGUCGCGUCGAUACGUUCUGAGUGUUGUGCUUUGAAGAAAAAGUGAAGAAUUGCAGAUGUUUUCAUGAUGGAGUGGCUAACGCAAUUGCUUUUAGUGCUUCCGCUAAUGAAAUUUUCCAACACUCUUCCAGACGUGAUCCGAAUAGGUGGAUUGUUUCAUCCUGCUGAUGAUAAGCAAGAGAUCGCAUUUAGAUAUGCGGUGGAGAAGAUCAACAGCGAUCGGAUGAUCCUGCCGAGAUCCAAACUCAGUGCACAGAUCGAGAAAAUGUCCCCGCAAGACAGCUUUCACGCAUCGAAAAAAGUUUGUCACCUAUUGCGAAGUGGAGUGGCUGCCAUCUUCGGGCCUCAGUCGGCACAUACGGCCAGUCACGUGCAGUCAAUAUGUGAUACGAUGGAAAUCCCGCACCUGGAGACCCGAUGGGACUAUAGACUCCGGAGGGAAAGCUGUCUAGUCAACCUGUAUCCUCAUCCCACUACGCUGUCCAAGGCGUAUGUGGAUUUAGUGAAAGCCUGGGGCUGGAAAUCCUUCACUAUAAUUUACGAGAAUAAUGAGGGUCUGGUGCGGUUGCAGGAGUUGUUGAAAGCUCACGGUCCCUACGAGUUUCCCAUCACAGUACGCCAGCUUGGGGAAAGCUCUGAUUACAGGCCACUGCUGAAGCAGAUCAAGAAUUCUGCAGAGUCGCAUAUCGUUUUAGACUGUUCGACGGAGAGGAUUUACGAUGUUUUGAAACAAGCGCAACAGAUCGGGAUGAUGAGCGACUAUCACAGCUAUCUCAUAACAUCUUUAGAUCUGCACGGCGUGGAUCUGGAGGAGUUCAAAUACGGAGGUACUAAUAUAACGGCUUUCCGACUCGUGGAUCCUGAUGGACCGGAAGUUCGUAAAGUUGUACGAGAAUGGAAUUUAAGCGAAGCAAAGAACAAGAAAGGAGAAAUUUCAUCAAUAAUUCGGGCAGAAACGGCCUUAAUGUACGACGCGGUGCAUUUGUUUGCGAAAGCACUUCAUGAUUUGGAUACCAGCCAACAAAUCGACAUCAAACCUCUGAGUUGCGACGCCGUGGAUACCUGGCCUCAUGGCUACAGUCUCAUUAACUACAUGAAAAUCGUCGAAAUGCGGGGUUUGACCGGAGUGAUCAAGUUUGACCAUCAGGGAUUUAGGAGUGAUUUCGUGUUGGAUAUCAUCGAGUUGAACAAGGAAGGGCUCAAGAAAAUUGGGACGUGGAACUCGACCGAAGGUGUUAAUUUUACGAGGACUUAUGGAGAGGCCUACACUCAAAUCGUGGAGAUUAUUCAGAAUAAAACUUUUGUCGUCACCACGAUUCUAAGUUCUCCGUAUGUGAUGCGUAAAGAGGCAAGUGAAAAAUUGACCGGGAACGCUCAGUUUGAGGGCUACGCCGUCGAUUUAAUCCACGAGAUAUCGCGAGUCCUGGGCUUCAACUAUACCAUCCGUCUGGCACCAGAUGGUAGAUAUGGAUCUUUAAAUCGGGAAACGAAAGAAUGGGACGGAAUGAUCCGAGAAUUGUUAGAUCAAAAAGCCGAUCUGGCAAUCGCUGACUUGACUAUCACUUACGACAGAGAACAAGCUGUAGAUUUUACGAUGCCUUUUAUGAAUCUAGGCAUCAGUAUUUUGUACCGAAAGCCAAUAAAGCAGCCACCGAAUCUCUUUUCCUUCUUAUCGCCUCUAUCUCUGGACGUUUGGAUAUACAUGGCGACGGCUUAUCUAGGAGUUUCGGUUUUACUCUUCAUUUUAGCCAGGUUCACUCCUUACGAGUGGCAGAACCCACACCCAUGCAACCCCAAUCCGGACCAUCUCGAGAACCAGUUCACUUUAUUUAAUUGCAUGUGGUUCGCUAUUGGUUCUUUAAUGCAGCAAGGAUGCGACUUUUUACCCAAAGCUGUUUCCACAAGAAUGGUAGCCGGAAUGUGGUGGUUCUUCACUUUAAUCAUGAUUUCUUCAUACACUGCUAACUUGGCUGCAUUUUUGACUGUGGAGAGAAUGGACUCACCCAUUGAAAGCGCAGAUGAUUUAGCUAAACAGACCAAAAUUAAAUACGGGGCACUUCGAGGAGGCUCCACUGCUGCCUUCUUCCGGGACUCGAACUUCUCGACUUAUCAACGAAUGUGGUCGUUUAUGGAGUCCCAAAGACCGUCAGUUUUCACCGCUAGUAACGUUGAAGGAGUAGAACGUGUCGUUAAAGGCAAAGGCAGCUAUGCUUUUCUUAUGGAAUCCACUUCGAUCGAAUAUGUAAUAGAGCGAAAUUGCGAGUUGACCCAAGUGGGAGGAAUGCUCGAUUCGAAAGGAUAUGGCAUCGCCAUGCCUCCAAAUUCCCCGUUCAGGACUGCAAUUAGUGGUACAAUAUUAAAGUUGCAAGAAGAGGGAAAACUUCACAUAUUGAAAACACGGUGGUGGAAAGAGAAACGGGGCGGAGGAGCUUGCCGCGAUGAUACGACCAAAACCAGCAGCACAGCUAAUGAAUUAGGUCUGGCAAACGUAGGAGGAGUCUUUGUCGUGCUGAUGGGCGGAAUGGGAGUAGCGUGUGUUAUAGCAGUGUGUGAAUUUGUAUGGAAAUCAAGGAAAGUUGCAGUGGAAGAAAGGGUGAGCAGCAUUCUACACGACACGUAGCUAUAAGAGAAAACUUAGUUAAUAAUUUUGUCCUGAACGAAAAAAAGGUGCUUGCCAGAUAGCAAACGCCUUUUUGCGAAGAUAUUUUAUUUACGUAAGCUCAAUAGUUUGUAAAUAUGUUGUACAUUGUACAAUUUUUAUAAUAAUAUCCGACAUGAUAUUUCGCUGUUUUGUAAGGUCAAGGGUCACGUGAUCUGCAAUCCUUCUAGUAAAUAUUAACACAAACUGUAUAUACAUACGAGCUUUGUUGUAAGAUCAGGGUCGCUCUUUUAUUUAGAGAAACGAAUUUAUCGACAAUAUCGAUCCAUAUAUUGUCACAAUCAAGAGAAUGUAAUUUUUAUUAAAGUAUACUUUACUAAAACAGACUAUUUAGCAAGUUUUUAGUAAAGUAUACACAGGGUGUUCUAGAAUAAAUUUUCAGCAGAGUUAUGAUUUUUCUAUACUCGUUUUCAUAUUAAUGUGCAUCGAAGUAGUUGCUGAAAGGGAUCAUUUUAUGGUGGCAAUCAGGCGAAAAUUUAAAC